AUGGACUUCACACCCACUAUCGAAGGCCCACCAACUAAAAGUUGUCAUCGUUGUCGUACAGAAUUUGAUAAGUCUGUCCGGUUCUUGUAUAUCAAGGGUAGGGAUGGGACCGGUCGCCACUGCUGUUCAGAUUGCGUCGAGCAUUAUCAGCGCAAGCGUGCGGAAACUGGAGAACGUCAUGGUCAUAGUACCAGUGCAAUAUCUGGUGAAAUUGUCGGAUCAAAUCUAGAUUUCACGAAAGUGGCUUCCCGGGCACAUGGUGUUGAUGCCGACUCGCGCCAGGCUCUUGUCAAGGCUUCUUCGGCCGCACAACGUGGCGAACAGUCAUUCCCUAGGCAGCAUAUUGGGGUGGGACAUGCUACAUCUAGCGUUAUGCCUCCCCCUCUUAUCCCCUCGUCUGCUAGUGUCAGUGCUGAUAGCGUCUCCCAAGCCAUAGGAUAUACUCAGAACCAUGCAUUCCACGCCCACCACCGCACGAAAAUGCUAGCAUCAACAGUAGCUCCUCAACGUCAAGUCACAAUCCGGAUAGCUCUCCAUCAUGUGAAGGACGAAGGAAAAUCUGGAACAGAGCUGGUUGGGAUGCUGAAGGCUCCAUUACUCCUCAUUUACGACCCCGAAGAGCCUCAUCAAUACUCUGAGCGGCUGGUCCUUCACGAUUUUUUCUUCCGCACAUCAGCAAAGGACAACACGCCCAAGUUUUCACCAAACGUGAAAGUUCCCAUCAUUCUCUUGGUGUCAAAGGAGGAAUUUGAAGAUGUCUUGCUAUGGAAGGAAGAAGAUAGGCAUGCCAAAGCACGCUCACGCAAUGAAGAGGUUCAGAGCCCCGGAAUAUCGUCAGACGAUGAUGAUAUUGGUGGUCCGAUGGACAAGAUAUUCCUUGCAGCAACACGUGGUGGGAAACGAGCUAGAAAGACUCGUGUGCGAAAGGCGCCAGGCCAAUCUUCCAUCCCCGCACCACCAGUGUCAGAGGAGGGUGAAUAUGACAGUCGUAGUAACAAUACACGCAGCACAGCAUCAAUGUCAAGCCUAUUCCACAGCAAACACUCCAUCAAGACGUCUGAACUACGCCCCCUCACUCCCUCAAGCUCUAGCAGCCAAUCACUGCCCUCAAGACUUUUCUCCAAGGCUGCUACUAAUCCCAAUAUCCCGCCAUUCAGCAUGCCUGACAAGGCAGUUCUUGAGCGUGUCAUGAAGGCACAAGGAGAUGUUCGACGCCUAGCAAAGCCGAUAUGUAAUGAAGUAAAUACGGACAUAGGAAUCUAUGUCCUGUUCCUCGUCCCUUCGAUCCCAUUCACUGAGCUUCUAAAGAAGCGGGUCCCUUUCGAUGUCAUGAGCAAGGUCAAUUGCCCUCUAGUCACUUUAACAGUUGACUGCAGCUCAAAAGCAAUGCUGGGGCCAGCCGGUAGCUUCAAGACAUGCCACCCAGCGUCAUAUGAUCUAACUGAAGCUCUGCCAGCAGAGGAAAAUAUUCUACAGGUAGAGGCUAUAGUAGCAAAACGUUGCUUUUACAGAGAAACAGUACAGGGAGCCGAAAAGAGUGGUACACCAUCAAGUCCUUCAGGCGGGCGCAAACGACUGGCCAUCAAGGAUGAGCUAAUGAAGAUGCUCGACGAGGCUAACUGCCUUUACUGGGCAACAAGCCUGUUGGCUUUAGUUUAUAACUUCGUCGACGACAAGCUUAUUCGAAGGCCCCUUGACUGUCCUCCCCCGGCAAUCCCCCGACUUCGAGUCGUCCACGCCGCUUUGGCCAUCCCCCAAGACAGCAGAGAGUUGCGUAAUGCCGUUUAUCUUCUCGAGGAGAAGAUAAACGGUAACUUCGUGAAGUAUAUCAAUAACAAUAGUGCAGCUCCUCGGCACAAACUUGCUCCGCCUGAACUGGAGAUUGCAACCUUCCUAUGCUUCGCACAACACACUCAAUAUCAUUUCUCGCAAGGCCUUGUGUUCAUCUCAGAUUUUCAAGGGUCCGGUGGAAUAUUGACUGACUGCCAGGUUAUCACUACCAAAGACUUUGCCGAUAAUUUUGGCGAAGGAAACUGGACGGCGACGUUAGACAACUUCCCCUUGUUGCACAAAUGCAACCAGUAUUGUGUAUAUUUCGGACUCCCUUCCUUGCAGACAGCAAGUUCGGCUACAAAGAUGAGAACAUCACAAGAGAUUGACAUCAUGUCCAGUCGUGUUCGUGGCUGAGAGGGAUUUUUUUUUACAUGACAUGUACUUACUGUAUCGCUUGAAAUCCUAUGUUGACAUGUUGAAUUGC